CAGGGGGCUGCCGUGGGGCCGCUUCCCAGCCCUGGGGGGUGACGUCCCUUGGGGCUCCGGCCGCGUAUGACCGUAGCGCUGAGCGCCCAGAAUAAAAUUGUGGAUCAGUGUGAGAAGCUCCAGCUGCAGAGUGCUGCGAUCACCAAAUACAUGGCUGAGGUGCUGCCAGGGAAGAACCAAAGUGCUCUGAGUGCGGCCAGCUGGGCCCGGGAAGUGGUGAUCCAGAGACUGAUCUUUGUGAGAAAUGUGUGUGAGAACGAGGAGCAGCGACUGCUAGAGAAGGUGCACACGGAGGAGGAGAGGACUCACCAGAGCAUCCUGACCCAGCGAGCUCACUGGACCGAGUCCCUGCAGAAACUGGCUGCCCUCCGCACCUACCUAGUGGACAUGAUCACCAACCUGGAUGACCAUGGCCUGGUGCACGCGGAGCAGGAGAUCUUCGAGAGGACAGAGGCAGCGGAGGGAAUCCUGAAGCCACAGGAGUCCGAGAAGUUAAACUUUAAUCAGAAAUGUGUUCAGAGUCCAUUACUGCACCAGCUGUGGGCCUCUGCUGUUCUCAGCUGUGCCACAGGUUUGGAAGAAGUUCAUGUAGAUGAGAAAACCAUCAGCCCCCUGCUGACCCUGUCCGAAGACAAGAAAACCUUGGCGUUCAGCCCCAAGAAGACAAAGCCCUAUCCAGACUGCCCAGAGCGCUUCGAUCACUGGCCCAACGCCUUGGGCACUAAGGCCUUCCACAAAGGGACCCACGCCUGGAGGAUCCGCGUGGACAAAAGCUGCGCAUACAAAUUGGGCAUUUCUUAUGGCUCCUUGCAGCGCAAAGGGCCUGGCAACGCAGCCCGGCUGGGCUACAACCCCUUCUCCUGGGUGUUCUCGCGCUAUGACAAGGAGUUCCGCUUCUCGCACAACAGCUGUCAUCAGGCGGUGGAGCUAGUCAAGUGCCCUGCGCAGGUAGGCGUGCUGGUUGACUUGGAUGGGGGGGAAGUGCUGUUCUACGAUCCUACUUCCUGUGUCAUCCUCCACUCGCACCGUGAAACCUUUACUGCACCCAUCUACCCCGUGUUUGCCGUGGCUGACCAGAGCAUCUCCCUCGUUCAGUAAACGAGGCCUGGCACAGGGGCAGCAGCUCACCCACCAGCUCUGUGCGGAAAAGGGGGAGCUUUCUGCAGACACACACAAUUUGGCACGCCACCUACAGGAUCUUCAGUCACUGCAAGCACUCCAGGAUGGGGCUGGCAGCCCGAAUGCACUGACACCUAUGUCCAGGGUCCCAGGGGGGCCACACUGAGACUGCUCAGUCAGGGCAAACUGCAAUGAAUGGGGCAGACUAUCCCCCAAGCUUGGAGGUUAUUUCUAAUAAUUAGAUCAUCAAUCCAGCAACAAAACAGCUUCUAUAAUAUCUUCCUGGUUACUCAGAAGCCACAAACACAUCCAGCCCUGGGCUCUUGCCCAGACAGCCCAGUCAAAGAUAAUGAGGAUUACGGGCA